AUGGCCCGGUGUAAUGUUGUAAACUCUCGGCUGCAGACUGCAACCGUGGCUGUCACAGUGUCUCUUUGGGACCAUGUUAUCCGAUUCGGCCAGGAGUUUGAACUACUGUGGAGACAGCGCAAGACUGUGCAUACGAUGCUUCUGAUGUUCGACAUGUACGGCGUAGAGGGUAGUAUGAUAUACUUCGCCUUCGGUGAGCCACGCAGCGCCUCACAUAAUGCAGCACGUACUCAUUUUCCCAGUCUUCAGUGGAGUGAAAAGACCUUUGUCCGAUACGAUGCCAUAAUACAGUACUCUAUAUGGGAAUAUACGGGACGAUCAGCAUCGGAGGCUCUCAAUUGUUAUGCUUCCAUGUUUCUCAUGAUCUACAAGGCUCUCUUUGAUCUUCAUGUGAUCGCUCUUCUCGUCGUGAGCACACUGGGCCGGCCCCGCCGAAACGACGCAGAGAUUGUCAACAACUUGAAGCGUGAUGGGUUUCUCGCAUUUCUGUCAGGAAGAAGUUAUGAUGUUGCAGGACUUCGUCUCAUCCCGUUCAUACAAAAUAUGCUGGAGAAUGCUAGCCAGACGUUCACCUCCCUUUUGCGGACGAUUUGGAAUGCGGGUCUGUGGGUAAUACUCGGCUUUUUAGAUGAGCAGACAGCGCAGAGUCAGUUCAUUAUCAAAUUACCCGUCUCUGGGGAAUCAAUGAAUGAAACGUUGCAGAAAUGCGUAUCACGGUUUGACACAGAGCGCGAUCAUCCUGCGAAGCCGGUCUCCGAGUCCGGACUUAGUCGCGCUCUAGUCGCUGUCUGCCGGGUGAUCAAUCGCGCAGUGGCGAAGUUGCCAGGAGGCGGUGAGAUGAUUGUGUCUUUUCAGCUUCGACUUGACUGCCGCCCGCUGCUUGAGCAUCUCUCGGAUCUGACAAUGGCCACCGAUAUUGAGACUCUCGCGGGAGGGUACUUCAUCGAGGUCCUCCUGGCAAUCAUGUUGUACGGCGUUGCGAUCACACAAGCAUACGCGUAUUGGUGGGACUACCCAAACGACUCAAAGCGGUUACGGUGGACGAUUGUUAUCCCGAUCUUUGCCGCGAUGUACGAAUAUCUCAUCAUCGAUUUCAAUGACAUAGAAAAGAUACAAACUAUUGUGUGGUACGUUCUUAAUUCGGCGCAUUUGGAUACGGAAUUCAUUCGCCUGUGCAAAAGUCGCAUGCCGACUGCAUUAUCCGGGUUCAAGCUAGGCAGCUGGAAACUUUACCGAGACACAAAGAUGACGUAUCACAGACCGUAUGAUCAAGUGGAUCCAGAUGUUUGUUUCGCUGGCGACUGUUAUUACCUGCAUACGAUCACAUUCCUGGCAACGCUAAAUGCUCGUCAACGCUGGAGAAGUCGCCGGAGGUAUGGAGUUCACGAGAUUGUGUCUAUGGAGCUCUCUCCUAGAGUGACGAGCGCUCAGGCGCAAGGGAAUCAAGCAUCACAGAUCGAGAUAUUGACGAUGGUCUCCAAAGUGACCGACAACAUGCUCUACCAUGAACAUGGCGUCCCCAAGCCGCCUGUCUCGGGCAUCGUCAUAGAGCCAAGCAAAAAUCAGAUUCUGAAGGAUGAUGAUUGA